AUGGGUCCCUCCGCGGCGGCGCGGCCACCGCUCGAGGAGCCCCGACGGCUGCGCCAGUGGGGCGCGACGGCGGGAGGCUGGCUCCGGAUCACCCUCGUCUCGUUCCUCGCCACUUUACCUGUGGAGCAGCUGCGCGCCUUCCCCUCGUCCCUCAGCGACUGCCAGACGCCGACCGGCUGGAACUGCUCCGGUUUUGAUGACCGGGACACAGACCUGUUCUUGUGCGACACCAACACAUGCAAGUUCGACGGGGAAUGUCUACGAAUUGGGAACAUGGUGACGUGCAUUUGUGACUUCAAGUGCAACAACGACUAUGCCCCGGUGUGCGGCUCCAACAACCAGAACUACCAGAACGAGUGUUUCCUGCGCAGGGACGCCUGCAAGCAGCAGUCUGAAGUCCUCAUCAUGUCGGAAGGCGCCUGUCCCGCCGAUGCCGGCUCAGGAUCAGGAGACGAUGGAGGAGAGGGCUCGGCCGAGGCAGGGCAGAAGGAAACGUCUACAUGCGAUAUUUGCCAGUUCGGGGCUGAGUGCGACGUGGAUGCGGAGGACGUUUGGUGUGUUUGCAACAUUGACUGUUCCCACAUCAGUUUCAACCCGGUGUGUGCCUCAGACGGUCGUUCCUAUGACAACCCCUGCCAGGUGAAGGAGGCGUCCUGUCAGAAGCAGGAACGCAUCGAGGUCAAGUACCUAGGCCACUGCCAAGGCGACAUCAAAGGCGGAGAUGGACACUUUGCACGGACCGACCUCACAGUUGAGGAAAAUGAGGAUCCGAGGAACGAGCUGGCCCGCGGCCUGUCCAUCCCCUGUCCAGAUCACUACAAAAACUACUGCGUCCACGGGGAGUGCCAGUUCCCAAGUAUCCUGGCUCAGCCCUCCUGCAGCUGUCACUCGGGUUUCAGAGGCCCCCAGUGUGACAUCAAAGAGUACAAUGUGCUCUACGUGGUGCCGGGCUCUGGCAAACUGCACUAUGUCCUCAUCGCCUCUAUCAUUGGAGCACUCCAGGUGGUCAUCAUCUGCGUGGUGGUGCUCUGCAUUACCAGGAAGUGCCCGCGGACCAACAGGAUCACCCGGCAGAAGCAGAACAAUGUCCACUUCAGUACAGAGAACACCAUGCGCGCCUCCACACGGCUCAUCUGAGCCCGGACA